AAUUGCUAAAAUACUGCUUUGGCAGUAAAGUAAAAAAACCUGCUGCAUGUCGCUGUUGCAUUGUGGGCCAGGCACCGCAGUUGAAAAAAUCGGGAAAGUCCCUUUAUUUGUUUACAUUUUUGACAAAGCAGGUCUGAGGCUUUAUAAAACGCGACAAUUGUAAAAUAGGUAUCAAAACAACAUGAGCCGGCUUCUUUACACUGCAAUUUUUAUAUUUGCGAUAGGGUAUGUCGUUCAACGGUUGCGCGUGCGGCAUUACUCUAUUUGCAGAGAUGAAGCAGAAGAACAAUAUGACUUUAUUAUAGUUGGCGCUGGAACCACUGGCAGUGUGAUAGCAAGUCGAAUAAGCGAAAUUCCUCAUGUGAAAGUCCUAUUAUUGGAGGCAGGAGAGGAAGAUUCUCCAAACUUUCUCAUUUCUACUCCUUCUCUUGUCACAGCUCUUCAGGCACAAAGCACUGACUGGAAAUACCGAACCGUACCACAGAAAUCUGCAUGUCAUUUUUCGAAAGAUAACGUUGCUUUCUGGCCACGUGGUAAAGUACUUGGUGGGUCAAGUUCCAUUAACUACAUGGUGUAUGCUCGAGGCAGUAGAUAUGAUUACGAUGCUUGGGAGCUGUACGGAGGUACUGGAUGGGGUUUUGACAAUGUUGAAUCGUAUUUUAAAAAAGCGGAACAAGUAAUUUUGAAACCAAAUGAAGCUUCAAGCCUUGGUAAAGAAGGGCCGCUAAAAAUGGAGACUGGUUUCAUUAAUAAGGCUACAGAGUGGUUUUUAAAAGCUGGAAUUGAUAUAGGUUAUAAAUUAUUUGAUUAUAAUGCUGGGACUGGGGAUGGGUUUUCUGUUGCAAAACAUACAUUGAAAGAUGGUACAAGGCAAAGUGCAUCUUUAAGUUACCUGCAUUCUGUAGCAAAUGAAAGACCAAACCUGCACAUUAUAAGUGGGGCUCAUGUACAAAAAAUUCUAUUCAACGAUAAUAAGGAUGUACCUAGAGCAGUAGGUGUCAAAUAUGUGAAAAACGGUGAUACCUUUAAAGUGAUGGCAUCUAAAGAGGUUAUUGUAAGUGGAGGAGCGAUUGGUACACCUCAUCUACUUUUGGUUUCUGGAAUAGGACCUAAAAAGCAGUUAGAGGACUUUAAGGUAGAUGUUGUUGCUGACUUGCCAGGAGUUGGAUCCAAUUUACAAGAUCAUCUUUUCGUUCCUGUUGGAUUUAGCUCAGAGUAUGACAAUAUUACUGAAUCUGUAAUGAACUGGUGGACCCUUUUAUCACCGAAAAACAUUUUAUCUUAUCUGUAUAAUGGUUCUGGUCCAUUAGCAACCUCUACAAUAGAAGGGAUUGCUUUGUUGAAUCUUUCAUCAAAAUUAGAAGCUGAUAAACCGCUUGAUUGGCCAGACAUUCACUUUAUCAUGCAAGCAUUACAAUGGAAUGUUAAAAGCAGGAUGCAUCUUGAUACAUUGAGAAACAAUUUUAAUUUUAAAGAAAGUAUAUUGACAAAGACAUUGAAAAUUGAUCAAGAAAAAUGGUCUGAUUUUAACAUCUUACUAGCUCUAUCUCACCCCCACAGUAGAGGCUCAAUUACUUUAAACAGUCCCGAUAUAAAUGUACAUCCUACUAUAGACCCACGAUAUUUGGAAGAUGACAGGGACAUAAAAAUAAUUUUAAAAGCUUUUAAAGUUUUGGAGAAACUAGAGCAAUCUGCAACUUACAAAUCGCGUGGGAUAAAAAUGUCAAUUGAUCACACUGGAUGUGAAAAUACAACAGCCAUAAGAAGUGACGCAUACUACGAAUGUGUGGCACGAUUUUUCACACUCACUGAAUACCAUCCGUGCUGCACAGCUAAAAUGGGUCGCUCAGAUGAUGUUAUGGCUGUGACAGACCCAAGACUUCGAGUAUACAAAGUGGCUGGGCUGCGGUUGGCAGACGCCUCAGUUUGGCCAACAAUAACAUCAGCAAACACGCAAGCACCUUGCUACAUGGUGGGUGAAAAGGCAGCAGACAUGAUCAAGCAAGAUUGGAACUUGUAAUAAGACUGAAUGUACAUUUUGAGAUUAUUAUUUAGUUAAAACAAAAUUUAGUUAAAAUGCUUCUGAGUGUACAUUUUGAGAUUUAGUCAUGUUUUGCAGAUUUUUUGUAAAGCAUUCAUUUAGUUAUCAUUCGGUCAAAAAAUUCUAAAUGUACAUUUCAAGAUUCUAUUAUGUUUUGCAGAUUUUUUGUAAAGCAGUCAUUUAGUUAUCAUUUUAUCAAAAAAUUCUGAAUGUACAUUUUGAGAUUUAACUAUGUUUUGCAGAUAUUUUUGUAAAGCAUUCAUUUAGUUAAUAUAAUGCAACGAUUCUAUUUGAAUGAGAGACUGACAUUGCCAUUGGGCAAAAUAUAUAUUUUAUAUUAUACAAUCUGCUGGAUUUUGUCACUGGGAUUUUCUAACCUAAACCAUAGACAAUUUUUAAUUUAAAAACUACAAGUGUGUAAUUAUAUAAAUUGACAGGUAUAUUUAAAAUAUUUCUUUUCAAUUUCUUUUAUAUUUUUUCAUUGUUUGCAGUGAUCACUCUACUUAUUAUAUUAAUCAGACUAUAAUAUUAUAUGAUUUUAUGUAAGGCUUAAUACUGUAACCAAGAAAAGUAUUUUUUUAAUAAUUUUAUUGCUUUUAAAGUUUGACAUUCUUCUAAAUGCGCUAGUCAGUUACUAAAGUAAUAAUUUUGUAAUUAUUUUUUAUAUGGAAACCUAUGCAGCACAUUAUAAUUAACUGUUGUGACAUUGUACCUGCGCUUUUAAAUAAAAGGAACAGCAUA